AUGCUCUUAAGCGAGCUGUUUGGAACCGGCAGCCACCACCCCAGACAGUGCCGCAGCUCAGGGAAGCUGCUGUUCAAGAAUGGGACAGGAUCGCCCAUUUCUGGUCCAUUUUCUAAACUGGCGCCUGACCGACAGUGCUAUCGCGCGAUUCUCGAGAGGACCGAGGACGUGUACGUUAACGAGAAGUACCUGGUGUACGCCAAGUUUUCCAUCAAGAAGUACAGCCGCACGAGCCCCUACUACUUGAACAUAGCCGGGAUUAACAAGCAACCUUGGACUAACAAUAUCACGGUAGUAAUAAACUUGAAAGAGAAGUUAAGCAACAUGUACAAGCCGUCAUUCUUGGAUUUCCGGUUCCCCUUGUGCGACCUGGUGUCCAACGACCACAUAUUCGGCACGAUGUUGCGCCAAGCGGGCAUUCGCUGUCCAGUACCUCCGCAAAAUGAAAUUUCACCAUCGCCUAAUAUCCCCGCUACUAGGGCACAUGCCUUUCCUAUGGAUGGAAUAGGGAGAUUGGGCCAUGACCCACCACGCGGGCCUAGUGUAGAUUGUGAGAAAGAGUCUUCAUCUGUGAGAUGGUGGCAACCACUUUGUGCAACCACAACUAUCAAACUAUCAACUCUUUGUCAAUGGUCAUUAAGUCAUAGUUCCAAAAGUCAAAAUUUUAAAAAAACAUUGUUGACGUCAAGAAAAUUUUCAAAAAGUUUAUGUGGACAUGUGAACCAAAGUUUCAAAUGCGACGUUGCCAGCUCAGGACAUUUCGAGCAAGUCCAUAAAGACAUAGUCGGACCUCUGCCAAUAUCAAAUAACAACAGAUAUGUAGCAACAUUUAUAGAUCGUUUUACCCGGUGGCCGGAAGCAAUACCUGAACCGGAAGUGACAGCCAAAAUAGUAACUAAAACUUUUUAUAACAGUUGGAUUACGAGGACUACAAGCUAUCACCCACAAGCUAACGGAAUGGUAGAGAGAUGGCAUAGAAUCAUGAAAACAGCCAUAACAGCGCGUGGUAACUCAAUAGACUGGUCACGUGAGCUACCUACCAUUUUAUUAGGGUUACGUACAACGGUUCGACAAGAUUAUGACAUCAGUCCAGCACAGAUGGUCUACGGAAGUAACAUUAGAAUACCGGGAAUAUUUUUGGAAUUGCGAAAUAGAACAUGCGUCAUUACAAUCGACCGAUUGAAACCAGCGUCCAUAGCUCAGGAGGGCAACGACAUCAAAAACGCAUCGCCUGCGCAAAUAUGCACUGAAUCGCAGGGCGAUGACGCGAAUUCGACACCGACGUAUGUUACCAAGUCAGUGAAUAUGGAGACAGAACCAAAACAGAGGGAAGACAAGUUAACACAAGCGAUAGGUGAAUUUGGAAAAUGGCAAUGUCUCCUAAUCCUUCUUCUCUCUAUACCUGCAAAGAUGUCCGCUAUUUGGACGUUAUUGGGGAUAAUAUUCUUAGCACCGAAGACGCAAUUCAGAUGCAUCGAAAGGAAUUCAACCGGCGAUAUUUCUAAUUCCACGUGUUACAGUGAUUGUGAGAGAUACGAGUAUUUCACAGAUUUCGAAAUGACAAUUAUCUCAGAAUGGGAUCUCAUAUGUGAGAGAGCCUGGAUGGUAAACUUUGCUCAAAUGAUGUUGAUGCUUGGUGUGCUCUUGGGUAAUAUAUUUUUCGGAUUCGUAGCUGACAGAUACGGAAGGCGAUUAGCUCUGUUGAUCGCUUCCAUGAUGCAGCUAAUUUUGAGCCUAGUGGUUCCCUUUAGCCCUAACUAUUGGGUCUUUCUAGCUUUAAGAUUAUUCUUAGGAGCAUCAACAGCAGGUAUCAUGGCGGUGACGUUUGUAUUGGUGGUAGAAAUAGUUGGUUCCAAGAAAAGAGAACUUGUAACCAGUUUGUACCAUUUACCGUUCGCACUGGGACAGAUGAUACUACCGCUAUUCUCGUACUAUUUGAGGAGUUGGAAUAAAUUCAGUCUCGGCGUGGGCAUACCGAAUUUAAUAUUUCUACUAUAUAUAUAUUUGAUACCAGAAUCGCCUAAAUGGCUGAUUUCUAUGGGAAGAUUGGAAGAGGCAAGUCAAGUUAUGAACAAAGCAAUAAGAGACAACAAUCUACCUUCACAAAAUACUUUGGAAAUCGCCAAACGUAUUUCUAGUGAAGAAAAAAUACAAAGUGAGAAAGAUAAAAAUGCUAAGAUGUCGUAUUGGAUACUGAUCAGUCACCCCACGACGUGGCUGUCGAAUUUGUGUUCAUGUGCGGUCUGGUUCUGUUUAGGGGUGAGCCUUUAUGGAGGCAAUCAAUACGUCGGACAGACAAGCAGCAAUGUAUUCCUGAGUUCAAUACUGAUAGGAGCACUACAGAUACCGGGCAUUACAUCUAGCGGAUACUUAUUCAAGCGCUUCGGUCGAAAGCCCGCUAUCAUAGGCUUAUUUCUGGGAUGUGCUAUGUGCAACAUCCUACUGAUUUUGCCAGAAGAUUGGUUCUAUCUGAAACUGUUUGCCGGAGCCAUGGCUAUAUGUUGGUGUGUCAGUGCUUUUACAGUCAUGUACACAUUCACUGCUGAACUAUUUCCCACAAUAGCGAGGAAUAUGGCGCUCGGUGCUUCCUCUACUACGUCUAGAGUGGGCUCCAUGGUUGCGCCUUUCAUAAUAAGUUUCGACCAGCCCGUUUGGCUUCCACCUGUAGUAUUUGCUGUGGUACCGCUACUGGCAGCGGGCGUGGUCUGUUGCCUACCAGAGACCAAGGGAAAGAAACUCACGGAUACAUUGGAAGUGGACUAG